CCCCUGCCCCUUCCUGGAGAUCAAACUGGAUCCCCAGUCGGUGCCAGGGAGGGCGCGCAGUCCUACAUUUGGCCAGGCUUCCAGGAAAAGCCAGCCUGGAGAUUGUCCAUGGCUUCGUAGGAACGGGGGAUGUGAAAAGAAGGGGGCGAGGAGAGGAAAUUUCCUCCAGGAAGAGCCACCCUGUCUUAACCCUGUGGUUCCUUCCAAAGCAAGUCUCCUUGAGUUCCGCGGGCCUUCCGCUUACCCUGAUGAGAGAGUCUUUAGGACGGCAGCAGCCUAAAGUUGCAAUCUUGUGGGUAGGCACCACUGGGCAAAGCGCCCACCACCGAAGGGAUUCCAGACAGUGACCUGCCUUGAGAAUGGAUGCAGAAGGGUUUGGGGAGCUUUUGCAGCAGGCAGAGCAGCUGGCAGCAGAAACCGAGGGCAUUUCUGAGCUGCCUCAUGUCGAACGCAACCUCCAAGAGAUCCAGCAGGCAGGAGAGCGCCUGCGCUCUCGGACACUGACCCGCACCUCACAGGAGACUGCAGAUGUCAAGGCAUCAGUUCUUCUUGGGUCCAGGGGGCUUGACAUAUCCCACAUCUCUCAGCGGCUAGAGAGCCUUAGUGCCGUGACGACUUUCGAGCCUCUAGAGCCUGUGAAGGAUACAGAUAUCCAGGGAUUCCUAAAAAAUGAAAAAGACAAUGCUUUGCUGUCUGCCAUCGAAGAGUCCAGGAAACGGACCUUUGCAGUGGCUGAAGAGUAUCAUCGAGAAUCGAUGCUGGUCGAGUGGGAACAGGUGAAGCAAAGGAUCCUGCACACCCUGCUGGCUUCCGGAGAAGAUGCCCUGGACUUUACGCAGGAAAAUGAGCAGCCCAGUUAUGUCAGUGAGUUGGGGGCACCCAGUCGUAGUUCUUUGGACAGUGUGGAGAUGGCAUACGCCCGACAGAUCUAUGCUUAUAAUGAGAAGAUUGUGAAUGGACACCUGCAGCCCAACUUGGUGGAACUUUGUGCUGCUGCUUCUGCAGAACUGGAUGAUAAGAACAUUCUGGACUUGUGGGCAAUGGUGAAGCAAAUGGCAGAUGUCUUGCUGGUGCCUGCAAGUGAUGCGUUGAAAGUCCGGACAAGCAUGGAGGUGCAGAUGGAGUUUGUCAGGCAGGCCCUGCGAUACCUUGAGCAAAGUUACAAGAACUACACGCUGGUGACCGUCUUUGGAAACUUGCACCAAGCCCAGCUGGGUGGAGUACCUGGAACCUACCAAUCAGUCCACAGCUUCCUGAACAUCAAACUCCCUGUGUCCGUCCCAGGACUUCAGGAUGGGGAGGUGGAAGGCCAUCCUGUCUGGGCGAUCAUCUACUACUGCAUGCGAUGUGGGGACUUAAUGGCAGCCUUCCAAGUGGUGAAUCGAACGCAGCACCAGCUGGGAGAGUUCAAAACUUGGUUCCAGGAGUACAUGCACAGCAAAGAUAAAAGACUGUCUCCUACCACCGAGAACAAGGUCCGCCUCCAUUACAGACGGGCCCUGAGAAACAACACUGACCCUUACAAAAGAGCCGUUUACUGCAUCAUUGGCCGGUGCGAUAUUGCUGACAACCACAGCGAAGUGGCCGAUAAAACAGAAGAUUAUCUUUGGCUAAAGCUGAACCAGGUGUGCUUUGAUGAUGAUGGCUCCAACUCACCCCAAGACAGGCUGACUUUGUCCCAGUUCCAGAAACAGCUCCUUGAAGACUAUGGUGAGUCGCACUUUGCCGUCAACCAGCAGCCCUUCCUGUACUUCCAAGUCUUGUUCCUUACGGCCCAGUUUGAAGCCGCCAUCGCCUUCCUCUUCCGCACCGAACGCCUGCGCUGCCACGCCGUCCACGUCGCCUUGGUCCUCUUUGAACUCAAGCUGCUUCUGAAGUCUCCUGGGCAGAGCGCACAGAUCUUGAGCCAUGAGGCUGGCGACCCUCCUGCCAUCCGGCGCCUGAAUUUUGUCCGCCUUCUGCUGCUUUACACCCGCAAGUUUAUGUCUACCGACCCUAGAGAAGCCCUACAGUACUACUAUUUCCUCCGGAAUGAGAAGGACAGCCAAGGAGAGAACAUGUUUAUGCGUUGUGUGAGCGAACUGGCGAUUGAAAGCAGAGAGUUUGAUAUGAUUCUUGGAAAACUGGAGAAUGAUGGCAGUCGAAAACCUGGAGUGAUUGACAAGUUUACUAGAGACACCAAGCCAAUAAUCAACAAAGUGGCUUCUGUGGCAGAGAGCCAAGGGCUUUUCGAAGAAGCGGCGAAACUUUAUGACCUUGCCAAGAACCCAGACAAAGUGCUUGAGCUGAUGAACAAGCUGCUCAGCCCCGUCGUCCCUCAGAUCAGCGCCCCCCAGUCGAACAAGGAGCGGCUGAAGAACAUGGCUCAUUCCAUUGCCGAGAGGUAUAAAGCUCAGGGGAUAAGUGCCAAGAAGCCCAUCAACUCCACAUUCUACCUUCUGUUGGACCUGAUCACCUUUUUUGAUGAAUAUCACGCUGGUCACAUUGACAGGGCCUUCGACAUCAUUGAACAGCUAAAGCUGGUCCCCCUGAGUCAAGAAUAUGUGGAAGAAAGAGUAGCUGCCUUUAGGAAUUUCAGCGACGAGAUCAGACACAAUUUGUCAGAGGUCCUCCUUGCGACCAUGAAUAUUUUGUUUACCCAAUACAAGAGGCUGAAGGGCACCAGCCCAGCCACUCCAGCCAGGCCUCCGCGUGUGAUUGAAGACCGAGAUGUGCAACUCCGAUCCCAAGCUCGAGCACUGAUCACCUUUGCCGGGAUGAUCCCCUACCGAACCUCAGGGGAUACAAACGCACGCCUGGUGCAGAUGGAGGUCCUUAUGAAUUAGCCGUCCUGCUGACUAGUAUGCUCAGUGGAUGGGUCCAAUUCCAUCCUCUUCUUCUUCUUUUUUUUAUGUAUUUUUGUCAGCCACAAUAAAUUUCUUUGGUUUA